UCGCUGGGGCGGGUGAUGGAAAUCAAAAGUUACCAGAAAAUCAAUCACUUCCCAGGGAUGACUGAAAUCUGCCGCAAGGACUUGCUGGCCAGGAAUAUGAGCCGCAUGUUAAAGAUAUUCCCAAAAGAUUUCCACUUUUUCCCUAGGACCUGGUGUCUUCCUGCUGACUGGGGAGAUUUGCAGAACUACAGCAGGUCAAGAAAAAAUAAGGUGUACAUCUGUAAGCCGGAUUCGGGCUGCCAGGGCAGAGGUAUAUUCAUCACCCGGACAGUGAAAGAAAUCAAACCAGGGGAGGAUAUGAUCUGUCAACUCUAUAUCUCAAAGCCCUUUAUCAUCGACGGGUUCAAGUUUGACCUGCGGAUUUACGUGCUCAUGACAUCCUGUGACCCUCUCAGGAUUUUUGUGUACAAUGAAGGACUGGCGCGCUUCGCCACCACCUCCUACUCCCGCCCCUGCCCAGACAACCUGGACGAUAUCUGCAUGCACCUGACUAAUUAUUCCAUUAAUAAGCACAGUUCCAAUUUCCUUCGAGAUGCUCACUCUGGCAGCAAGAGGAAGCUCUCCACCUUCAACGUGUACAUGGAGAGCCACGGCUACAACGUGGGGCAGAUCUGGAGAGAGAUCGAGGACAUCAUCAUCAAGACGCUCAUCUCGGCUCACCCCAUGAUCAAGCAUAACUACCACGCCUGCUUCCGCAAUCACACACUCAACAGCGCCUGCUUUGAAAUCCUGGGCUUCGACAUUUUGCUGGAUCACAAACUCAAGCCCUGGCUGCUGGAGGUCAACCACUCUCCGAGCUUCUCCACUGACUCCUGGUUGGAUAAAGAGGUAAAGGACAGUCUGCUGUAUGACACUUUGGUCCUGAUCAACCUGAGAAGCUGUGACAAAAAGAAAGUCUUGGAGGAGGAGAGACAACGGGCGCAGUUCCUGCAGCAGUGUCGUUCUCGGGAGACCAGGAAGGAGGAAGUCAAGGGCUUUCAGGCCGUGCUUCUAGAGAAAACUGAGAAGUAUGAAAAGGAAAACUGCGGAGGCUUCCGCCUGAUUUAUCCCAGUGUGAAUUCGGAGAAGUAUGAGAAGUUUUUCCAGGACAACAACUCCCUCUUCCAGAAUACAGUUGCCUCCAGGGCUCGGGAGAUGUAUGCCCGGCAGCUGAUCCAGGAGCUGAGACUGAAACAGGAGAAAAUAUCCUUCCAAACGAAAGAUAAGAGGGUGGAAAUGCAGGGGGAAUCAGCAGGCGAGCGAGCGAGAGGCAAGAGCACGCAGCACUGGCAACAGAAACAAAGGCAGGAGUCCAAGACCGCCACCAGCCCGGCCUCCAAACAAUACCUCCAGCCAUUGACAUUAGUGUCCUGCACACCCGACUUGCUGUCGAGCAUCAGAGACACAAAGAAAAAUGAGACAGACAGCAGCCUCGAGCAGGAGGCCCCCAGGGAGGAGGCUGGCCCUGCUCCCCAUGAGCCUACAUCUGCGAGGCCUUACAGCUCUACUACUGACUUGAGGAAUUCAAGCCUCCUCAGCUGCUCCAGGCCAGAGCUCAGUAAACCCGUCUCCGGAAUCAAGGAAGCCAAGUCCACCUCUGCAGUGAACACAGUCACCAGCACUGUGCCUCUAACCUCAGUAGAAACCUUCCCAGAAUUCACCACCCAGGUCUCAGACACCCCCCAGUCUCUGCUAGGGGUGACCAUGGAAACCAGCUCUGAGUGCAGUAGCUCAGAGAUGGACAGGGGGGCUUCCUUCAAAUGCAAGCAGCAGCAGAUGCCUUGGCACCUCAUCCAGGAAAAAUUGUCAAACAAUUCUCUGCCUACGAAAUCCCAGAGCUUCUCAAGGAGUCUGAAUCCAAGCUGGACUUUGCUAAAGAAUGGCAUGAAGAAGCAGCAUCCCGUGUCAGAGCUGUUCGCCAGGGUUCCACUGAGGGAGAAGCUGUCCUUGUUCCCAGGUCACUACAGCCCAAAGCUGGUGCUGAGUGACAAGUCACAAAACCCCUCCCUGCCCCGGGAGUGCUGCUUCUGCGGCCGAAGCUCUGGCGAGAAGAAGCAGCUGGAUGUGCCCUCCCUCCUCCUCUUGCAGAAUUCUCACAGCCAUGCUGUUUCCCUGAAGGACCUGCUGGUGGUUGCCACUGCAGCCCGACUGGAUCCGAGGCCUGGCAGAAGCCAUACAGGUGCUGUGCGAGACCGGUGUACACAGGAUCAGGAAGCGUACAGCCACUGCCUGACCUCUGGCCGAAGAGGAUGUGAGAGGAACUAG